UACUUAGGGUCAGUACCAUACAAUCAGGCUGUGUCUUAGGUUAAUCUUGCCUCUCAAGCCAAUGGCAGAAUGUGGGUUUCUCUUGCCCUCUUUUGGUCCCUGGGGCUGUGCCGGCCUAUAGGUAUGCUCCACGGGGACUGGCUGGGUGAGGAGAAAGAUGGGAGGGCCCAGGCAGGGUGUUCCUCUGCCUCCACUCUGCUCUCCUCCAGUAAAACUCAGAGAGCCUAAAAGCUGCCCCUCAAGUCACAGAUUCCUUAUGUGACCUCACUGGGUAGUGAUGACCUCACAGGCCUUUUCACAGUUACCAUGACAGGGUAACUACACAAACGUGGUGCUUUCAGGAAAGCUUCCCUACCAGUUCUCUACCAGAUACCAGUCUGUUUGGAUGCCUGAGAGAGAAUGUCUGACCGGAUCUUCUAUAUUCAUUCUAAUUUGUCCUCUGUCCCCUGGGAGGGCAGCACAGCAGCAGGGGCUCCCUCUUCUCCUACACCUGGUCACUACCAUGUCCUCUACCGAGGGUGUGGAGAAACCCAGGUGGGCUGGCAUGGGGAGACAUACUGCCUGGUUGGUGGCUACCGGACCUAUGGGGAUGCUCCUGUGGCCACCCCAGCAAAGAUGGAAGCAGAGAAACCAAUUCCCAGCCAGGCUCCCAAAAGACGUCGAGCUAUGGCAGAGUCAAACAAAGAUGUAGGUUGCUCCAGCCCCAAAAUUCGGCGAUUGAAGCACGGUGGCAGGAGGCUGACCCCAAAGAAGCUUGCUGACUGAGCCACUUUACAGGAAUGGAAAACAUUUAACUGCCUAAGACAGCUAAUGCCUCUUCCUGAAGUGACCCCCCACUGCCCACCACUGGAGAUUAGAACCUGAGCCAUUCUGUCUGAGCCUUCCUCAGCCAGGAGCCUCCUUCCAUACUAACUCGCCAUGGGCAAGGAGCCAUAGAAGCUGAGAUUUGAAAUGAAAGCCUGCUCUGAACAUCCCAGAGCCAAAACUGGCCUGGAAGAAAACCUGAUGUUUCUCCACUCAAUCCUGUAGAGUCCCUUCUCGGGAAGAAGAAAGCAAAGUUUGCACUCUUUGAACCAAGGAGGAUGCAGGAGCAGAGGGAGGGUUCAGAGUGGCCGUAGCAGGGACUCAGUCCAUCAGAUGGACUCUUGCCCUGAGUCAUUCAUUGCCAGCAGUCACCAAUUAAACCAAGAGGAGCUGGACUUUUUUAAACUGAAAAAAGCAAUAUGGGUCUACCGAGGGAGCCUCUUGUCUGGAGUGGCAGGAGG